AUGAUUAUGUUUAUUAGGGACGACAAAUCCUUGUCCCUCUUCCCAUUGAAAAUUAUCAGGAGGGGUAUCGCUAUUUUUAACUGGGCUGUUUUUUCUUGGAAGAAAGAAAAUCUUGAAAAUCUUGAUAUGGAGAACACGUUGGGUUUGCUUAGAAUCACUAUAAAGAGAGGCAUAAAUCUUGCUAAAAGGGAUGUCCGAAGCAGCGAUCCUUACGUUAUUGUUCAGCUGGGAAAGCAGAAAUUAAAGACUCGAGUUGUGAGAAAGAGCCUCAAUCCUGAGUGGAACGAGGAACUGACGCUAAUGAUUGCUGAUCGUAAUCUUCCAAUCAAGUUGGAAGUUUACGAUAAAGAUACGUUCAGUCUAGAUGACAAAAUGGGAGAUGCAGAAAUUGACAUUAAAACAUUUGUAGAAGCUGCAAAGAUGGACUUGCAAAAUAUCCCAAGUGGAUUCAUAAUCGCAAAAAUAAAACCAACCCAAGAAAACUGCAUAGCCGAAGAAAGUUCUAUAAUCUGGGAAAAUGACAAAGUAAUCCAACAUAUGUUGUUGAGACUUAGAAAUGUUGAGUGUGGCGAAAUUGAGCUCCAGUUGCUGUGGAUAGAUAUCCAUGGUUCGUGA